AUGGAUAUGACUAAGAGCCGCGCUGAGCGUGCUCAAUCCAAUCCAGCAUUUUCAGCAUUGAAAAGAAAGCCACCGUCAUCAUCGAAACUUAUCGGAUCUGUUUUCGACGAGGCUUUCUUUUGGAAACUAGAACAAAAGCCAGAUAAAGGCUUUAUGUACCUCUCUCCCGGACUUGCGCCUGAGGAUUCGCUGAGAGAGGCAUUGCCCCCUAUUAUAUCGUUCAAACUUGCGGGCCUCGACUACCUCUUGAAUGAGGAGAAAGAAGCAUUUCGUCGACUGAAACGGCUGGGGAAGAAUGUUGACUGUGAAGUUGUAGAAGGGGUUCCCCAUUAUUGGGACCAUAUGGCAAGAACAGAGGAGAUGAGGGAGCUGCGGGACAGAUUCUUGGGAACAGCAGCGGAGGAGAUAAAGCAAAUAUGGCAGAGCUGA